AUGCACAAACGGGACCUUGUUGCUGGUCUUCCCAGGGUGCUCCCUCCCCUUCCCGACUCGCCUGCUCCUCCCUGUAUUCCCUGUGUCGAGGGACGGCAGCGCGCCGCUCCUCACUCCUCCUUUCCCCCGACGACUGCUCCCUUGCAGACGCUCCACAUGGACGUGUGGGGCCCAGCCCGCGUCCGUGGUCAGGGUCAGGAGAGGUACUUCCUGAUUGUUGUUGACGACUUCUCGCGCUACACCACGGUCUUCCCCUUGCGCACCAAGGGUGACGUCCCUGAUGUCUUGAUCCCUUGGAUCCGCAGAUCUCGUCUCCAGCUCCGUGAGCGUUUCCGCUCCGACUUCCCUGUCCUGCGUCUGCACUCUGAUAGAGGUGGGGAGUUUUCCUCUGGCCUAUUAGAGGCCUUCUGUCAGCAGGAGGGCAUUGAGCAGUCGUACACAUUUCCGGCCUCUCCACAGCAGAAUGGGGUUGCUGAGCGCCGCAUUGGUCUGGUCAUGGAGGUCGCUCGUACCUCCUUGAGCCAUGCGGCUGCCCCCCAUUUUCUGUGGCCGUUUGCAGUCCGAUACGCUGCGCAUCAGCUCAACCUCUGGCCCCGUGUCUCCUUGCCCGAGACUUCUCCGACACUGCGUUGGACGGGAGAGGCUGGCGAUGCGUCGCGUUUUCGGGUCUGGGGAUCCCGAGCUUUUGUCCGUGACACGUCCGCGGACAAGCUCUCCCGCCGCGCUGUCCCCUGCGUCUUCCUUGGCUUUGUCCCGGACGCCCCUGGCUGGCAGUUCUACCACCCCACCUCGCGUCGUGUCCUGGCCUCUCAGGACGUCACUUUUGACGAGUCCGUCCCCUACUACCGCCUCUUCCCCUACCGCACUGCCCCGCUCCCCCCCCCGCCUCUCUUCCUCGCUCCAGGUGCUGAGGUACCAGACCCCCUCCCCCCUCAGGGUGCCGCUCCCUCAGGUGUGUCCCAGGUAGACCCGGGUGAGCCUGUCGAGGUAGCUGUUGACUCUCGUCCUGCCAGGGGUGCUGAGCCUGGGGGUGCUGCGUCUGGGGGUGCUGAGCCUGGGGGUGCUGCGUCUGGGGGUGCUGAGCCUGGGAGUGCUGAGUCUGGGGGUGCGGAGCCUGGGGGUGCUGAGCCAGGAGGUGCGGAGCCUGGAGGUGCGGAGCCUGGAGGUGCUGAGUCUGGGGGUGCUGAGCCUGAGCGUGCUACACCUGGAGGAGCCCUCUCCUCCCAGCAGCUGCAGGAGAGGUACCUACAGUACUGCCACCUCCGGAGAGGUGCUGCUGGAGCUCGUCCCGGUACUUCCCCUCCUACCCAGGAGCUCCCCCCCAUUCAGCAGAUCCGCGAGUGGUACACACGGCGCUGCAGUCUUCGGAGUGGUGCUCCUGGUGCUGCGGACCCUGGGGGUGGCGCUGCUGCUGGUGCUGAGGACCCGGACGUGGGAGCUGCUGCUGGUGCUGCGGACCCGCCUGGUGGAGCUGCUGCUGGUGCUGAGGACUCGGACGGUGGAGCUGCUGCUGGUGCUGAGGACUCGGACGGUGGAGCUGCUGCUGGAGCUGAGGACCCGAGCGGUGGCACUGCUGCUGCUGCUGAGGACCCGGGCGUUGGAGCUACUACUGGUGCUGAGGACCCGGCCGGUGGAGCUGCUGCUGGUGCUGUGGACCCGGACGCUGGAGCUCCUACUGGUACUGAGGACCCGGCCGCUGGAGUCUCCUCUGCUUCCGGAGACGCUGUGCGGCCGCGACCGUACUUCGUACCGCUCCUUCAGCAGGUUCUUGGGCAGACUCCUCCUCCUUGUCCUCCUCCCUCCGUAGAGUGUCCUCCGCCUGUCCAGCCGCAGUCACAGUUACCACCUACCUCGCCUCUCCCUGCUCCCUCUCCUUACACUGGUCCCACAGGAGGUCUUACAGAGCGUCGUGAGCCUGAGUCUCGUCCUGCGUCGCCUGUUCGUCCUGCUCGCACUGGUAGUCGUGUCCGUCGUGAGCGUCCUCCUCCUGUCCCAGGCACUCACUACAUGACUCUGCGUCCCUCUACUGCUCCUCAGCGUGUCCCUCUACCGUCUCCUCCUGCGUCCUCCUUGCCUAACGUUCCGGACCCUGAGUCUGACCGGUAUCGUGCUGAGCACCCUACUGUCACGCGUCUCCUUGCUACUGUUGUCACUGACCCUACCUUUGAGUCCUCGACUGCGUCUGCUCUGGUCGCUGAGUUGGUUGACUUUGCUGCUGCCUGUCGUCUAGACUACGCCGCUAGCCUUGUUGCUGAGUCUGAGUCUGUCUGUCCUCCGUCCGUCGGGGGUGAGUGUGCUCUUGGCACGGACGUCCUUGAGGACAGACAGGAGGAGUUCCAGUGUCUUGCUGCUGCUUUGCCCCGUCUCGUGUCCUUGCUAGUUGCCCCUGAGGGAGACCCAGAUGCACCAGACAUCCCGACCCCGCGCACUUACGCUGAGGUGAUGGCGGGUCCCUACUCCUCUCAGUGGCAGACAGCCAUGGACGCCAAGAUGGCUUCCUGGAAGUCCACACGCACCUACGUCGACGAGGUUCCCCCUCCUGGGGCGAACAUCGUCAGUGGCAUGUGGAUUUUCUGGGUGAAGCGGCCGCCGGGUUCUCCGCCUGUCUUCAAGGCGCGUUACGUGGCUCGAGGCUUCAGUCAGCGAGAGGGAGUUGACUUCUUCCAGACCUUCUCCCCCACCCCGAAGAUGACUACUCUUCGGGUGCUGCUGCACAUAGCCGCUCAGCGCGACUACGAGCUUCACUUACUUGACUUCAGCACUGCUUUCUUGCAGGGCAGCCUGCACGAGGAGAUCUGGCUGCGCCGCCCACCUGGCUUCACUGGGUCGUUUCCUCCUGGUACCCAGUGGAGGCUUCAGCGGCCGGUCUACGGUCUCCGCCAGGCUCCGCGUGAGUGGCACGACACACUGAGGACUACACUUGCGGCUCUUGGGUUCGCGCCUUCUACAGCUGACCCGUCGCUGUUCCUGCGCACCGACACUUCGCUGCCGCCGUUCUACAUCCUCGUGUACGUCGACGACUUGGUCUUUGCCACUGCUGACACUGCAGGACUCGCCUACGUGAAGUCGGAGCUGCAGAGGAGACACACGUGCACAGACCUGGGUGAGCUGACAAGCUAUCUUGGCUUGCGGAUCACCCGGGACAGAGCACGGCGCACCAUCACCCUGACUCAGUCACACAUGGUGCAGCAGGUUCUCCAGCGCUUCCGCUUCACGUACUCCUCGCCUCAGUCCACUCCUCUGCCUACCGGUCACUCGCUCUCAGCUCUGCCUUCGGAUGAGUCCGUAGAGCCGAGUGGCCCGUAUCCAGAGCUUGUGGGCUGCCUCAUGUACCUGAUGACCUGCACUCGACCUGACCUUGCAUACCCUCUUAGCAUCCUUGCACGCUAUGUCGCUCCUGGCCGUCACAGGAAGGAGCACAUGGAUGCCGCUAAGAGGGUGUUGCGCUACUUGUGCAGUACGUCGGGCAUGGGGCUUGUGCUUGGAGGGCGAGACCGAGUUGUUCUCACAGGGCACUCAGACGCUUCUUGGGCAGACGACCAGGCCACUCAGCGGUCGUCUCAGGGUUACACCUUCAGCCUUGGCUCUGGCUCAGUUUCUUGGCGCUCUACACGCUCUUCUUCUGUUCUCGGCUCCAGUUGCGAGGCUGAGAUCUACGCUACAGCCAUGGCUGCCCAGGAGCUACGCUGGCUGACCUACCUGCUGACCGACCUCGGAGAGCGGCCUCGUUCUCCUCCAGUACUGUACGUCGACAACAAGGCUGCCAUUGCCUUGUGUGAGGAGCACAGACUGGAGCACAGAACGAAGCACAUCGCCCUGCGGUACUUCCUUGCUCGUGAGCUGCAGCAGCGCGGUCAGCUUUCUAUUCGCUACGUGGCCACUAAGGCCAACACUGCUGAUGUGUUCACCAAGGCGCUUCAGCCUCGUGACCAUCAGCGCUUCUGCACUCUUCUAGGCCUUGUGCCUACUGGACCUCACUUACUUACCUCUUGA